AUGAGCGACGGUGAGCUCAACGGCGUCGACGUCGUAGAGGUUUCCAUCAAGUUCGGGUCUACUGCAAAUCCGUCACUUGAGGUGGGGAGUGAGACAGAUGAGAGCUCCGAGGAGGUGGAUGGUGAUUCGAACGAUGACUCGGACGAAGUCACCGGCAACUCGGUUGAAGUGUCAAAUGUGCUGGUGGUCGUGCUGAUCUCAGUAGAGCUCGUCUCAACAGUCGAGAAAUCGCCAGUAGCGUUGGAGGAAGUAUCCAAAGAGCUCGCCGUGGAUUCGGUCGAGCUGGAAUCAGCUGGAGAAAUCUCACUUGUGGCGUCUGAUGUAGUGGCUGAGCUCGUCUCCUCAGAAGUAACAUCGCUUGUAGAGGUAGAGACCGUAAAUAACGUGCUGGAGACAAGCUCACUCGAGCUAGGAUCAACGGUGGAACUUUCACCCACGGGAUCUGAUGCAGUGGCUGAGCUUGUGUCCUCACUCCUGCUGUCGCUGGUAGAGGUGGCGACAGUAAAGAAAGAAGUCGAGAUAAUCUCACUGGAGCUUGUAUCGGUUGCAGAGCUUUCACUCGUGGCAUCUGAUAAAGUGGCCGAGCUUGUGUUCUCGCUCGUGCUGUCACUCGUAGCAGCAGUAGAGAAAGAAGUCGAGGUAAUCUCAAUGGAACUUGUGUCGCUUGCAGAACUCUCACUCGUAGAUUCAGCUGAAAUAGCGGACGAGGUUGUCAUCGAAGAUUCGGCUGAGCUUGUGUCAUCCGUGGAACUAGCACUUCUGGGCUCAAGCACAACAGAUACAGAGCUCGUGCUAGUUUGGGUGGAGCCUGAAUCGCUGAUAGAGCUAUCGCUUGUAAAAUCCGACGAAAUAGAUGAUGAGGUAGACGCGUCUUCGGCGGAGAUGGUUGAAGUCGUCUCAUCAGGCGUGGGGGUUGAAGGCCCGGGGCUUGAUUCAGAAGAUGUGAGGGAGAUGAUGGAUAACGUACCGGUACUUGAACUGGAUGACGGUUCUGUAUUUGUCAAGGAUAUGCUAGAACUCGCGCCUCCAGUAGAAGUGGAAGAAGAGGUCGCGCCUAUUGCAGGUGUGUUGGAGCUCGAGUCACUUGUUGCGAAAUUACUCGAGCUCGCAUCGACCGUCGAAGAUAGGCUAGAGCUUGCCACGGUUGGCAGAGAAGCAUUAGAGCUUACGUCAAGCGUCGAAGAUGUGACGGUGCUGGAGCCUGCGUCACUUGUUGCCAAAGUACUCGAGCUCGCAUCCGCAGUAGAAGAUAGGCUAGAGCUUGCCACGGUUGGCAGAGAAGCAUUAGAGCUUACGUCAAGCGUCGAAGAUGUGACGGUGCUGUCGCUCGUGAAUCCUGUUGUGGACGACAUGAUGCCAGUGGUGUCGCUGGAACUGGUGGCAGCGGACGCAGAGGUGGCUUCUGAAGACGCAGAGCUCGACUGGCUAGAUGAGAAGACUGCAUCGACAGAGGAGGAUGUUGCGCUAGACACCAGCGUUACACCGUCGGACGAAAACGAUAUCUCGUUGAUUGCAGAACUUGUAGUGUCGCUAGAUGUUGGUGUUGUUCCGCUGGAGGCGGCGCUCGUACCGCUAGACGCAGAGCUUGCAUCAACAGAUGAAGGAACCGAUCCUGUAGAUAUAGAUGUUACCACAGAUACAGAAGCUGUUUCACUUGAAAAGGUUGUGAAAUCAGAUGAGGGACCUGGAUCUGAAGAUGCGGUGGAUACAGCAGACGGGGAGAUUGUCUCGCUGGACGAGGAGGAUUCGAGACCAGCAGACGAGCCAGUAGCUGUAGUAACAGUGGACUCAGCAGACGUUGAACCUGUCUCGCUGGAUUCUUGGGUAGUGUCUUCCGACGAAGAAGCACUUCCUCCAAGUGAAGAUGUAGUGUCGACAGGUGGAGAAACACUUCCUCCAAGUGAAGACGUAGUGUCGACAGAUGGAGAAGUAGACGUUCCUUCCUCCGUGGUGGGAAUAUAUGUCGUUGUGCUCUCGCUGGAAGAAGCUACCGAGUAG